GGAGGAGACUUCCAAAGCCGCUCUGGUUCGAAGGUGCGAACGAACAUAGAAGCAGAGAAGUGAGAUUACUGCAAUUGCAACUUGGCAAUGGCGAGAUCUAGCGGCAAGGACGCCCAAGCGCUUUUCCAUUCCCUCCGCACUGCUUAUGCUGCAACGCCCACCAAUCUCAAGAUAAUUGAUCUCUAUGUGGGUUUUGCAGUCCUAACAGCCGUGAUUCAGGUAGUUUACAUGGCUCUUGUUGGAUCAUUUCCUUUCAACUCAUUCCUUUCAGGAGUUCUUUCUUGUGUAGGCACAGCAGUCCUUGCUGUCUGCCUUCGCAUUCAAGUGAACAAAGAAAACAAGGAAUUCAAGGAUUUAGCACCAGAGCGGGCUUUUGCAGAUUUUGUUCUGUGCAACUUGGUCCUCCAUUUGGUGAUUAUGAAUUUCCUUGGAUAAAUUUACCCCCCACAUUCGACUGCUUCUUGGUAAAGAACUCUUAAACAUGUUUAUUUCUAUGUAACCGUGCCAAGGAUUUCAGUGAUUAUG